GUGCCAUGUGUGAUUGGCCGGCUCGCCCCRUGGCAGUGGCAUCGCCCUGGAUUUGGCCAGYAGCUCUYCCUCCCGCUUCUUCUCUGGAGCUCUGCUGGGAAGCUUUCCUGGGAUUUAUCUUGUGCUGCUGGAUGGCACGGAGCGCUCUGCCUCUCUGAAGACAGUCCGUGGAGAAAACACAAACACUACAUGGAUAAGAAGUAAAAUAAUUAUCCAAUCACAGCACAAGCAGACAGACUGGGUUCCCUUAGCAACAACUGAAGGAGACAAGAGAAUUCUCUUCUUUUUUUUUCCCUUUCUGCUCCCCUGGUUUUUUGGGCACACCCCCGUGGACUGCUGUGGGUCAGUGUUUUCUUUUUUUAAUCUUUUGUGAGAAGACUUGGAGGGCGAUGUUGGGUAAGACAAGCUGCCACCCAAAUUUCAGGGGACGAUGCUCAWUUGGGUCUCACUGGCACAAUCAUUUUUUGUAAUCCCUCCACAAAUUGUCACCACAAGUCACAUUCUGCCAGCUUGGAACUCAACUCAUCCUAAUCCCACAUCACCUGGAAUGAGCUCUGCAUUUUGGGGAGAUAUUGGAUGUCACGUUAUUUAGAAAAGAAAAAAAAAAGAAUAAAGAAAACCCACUUCUAACCUCUUCAUAUUUUCAUUGAGGGAAAAAUGAAAAGCAACACAGUUAGGUUAUUAUUUGGAAAAGAAGGAAACUGGAUCWGAGGYGAAGUUUCUUUCAAAGAAAAUUUUUAUUGAGAAUCUUAUUUUCUUUUCAGGGGAAGGAAACACGACACUGUAUAGAGGAAUAUUCCUGUUUUCAGCCUCUCUCUCUCUUUACAGACUGUAGCCCUCAGUGAGGAACUAUAUUAAGAAAGCAAAUCUUGUCCCCGCUGGCCACCAGGAAGAAAGAAAAAAGAUCAUUUUGAACACUGAGAGAGUGGGAGUUGUUUUGUUUUUAUUUCUGUUUGUUUCUUCGGCUAACAUCACAUGUAAGCCACUGCAGGAAAGGGUUAUAUCCUUGUUGCUUUUAUUUCUGCAUGUUAAUUCGCAAUGAGGCCACUGUGUUUUACCGGUGGAGACGAUAGAACAGAAAGAGUGGUAAAAAGGUAAACUGUUUUCUCUUUAAAAGGCACGCGUUUUUUUURAAUAGCCCCCUUUUUUGGGAGCAACUUCAGCUUAUACACACUGACACAUGAGAUGAGUUGGCUCAACACAAUUAUGUAAGAGUUUUAGCCCGUGUGUUUCCUCACGUCCUGUUCCAUGGAUUUACCGCAUUGGACUUUACCCGUGCUGAUCUUCUCUCCAUUUUUGGAAGCGUCGACCAGAAGGCAUGGAUGUCAACGUGUGACCCCAUGCCAAGUGCGCGGGCGAGGCAAGGCGCUUUGGCUGCCCAGGUGCUUUUAAGAUGUUGAGGUCUCCCUGCGUGGCCGGGGCCCCUGUUCGGAUCAGUAGCACUGAGGCUCCUUGUAGCCAAAGACAUGGACCCCGACUCGGCUCCCCCACGCCCUCAGCCUGUUGGCCACUGGCCCCACGCCGCUUUGUAAAGGAUGUCCCUCAGCAGAGCUCCGGCCCGGGACACCUCUGAGACCCCCAGCCCGAGAGAACGCAUCCGCAGCCACAUGAAGAUGGUGAUCGAUCAGCUGGAAGGCAUUCUGACGGAGCUCAAGGAUGUGGCCAAGGAACUUCGGGAGGUGGUGGGUCAAAUCGAUAAAUUAACGUCUGACUUUGAUUUUGACCUGGAGCCAGAUGACUGGACAGUGGCCACAGCCAGCAGCACAUCCAGCAGCGAACGGGGUCUGGGAGAAGCCUUCCGAUUGGACUUCCUCAACACAGAUGUGCUUUCAGACAGUUGGGAGUUUUGUAGUUAUCUGGAGGCUGCGGGUGCAAGUGCCCGCAGGUGUAGUGAACAACCAGGGGAUCUACGACAGGAGCUGGGCCAUGACACCAUCCCCACUCAAACCCAGACCCCCACACCACCUCCCAGCACUGCCUCGGUCUACUCCCAGAUGAACGGCGGGCUUCCCAUCCCUAAUGGGCCACGCAUUAUAACGCCAGAUUCAUCCAGCGAGGAGGCCAGCAGCUCCACGCACAGCCAAAAGACCUCCCGUACUUCUGGCACAAGAGAAAGAGUUCGCUUUAGUGAUAAAAUCCUGUACCAUGCGUUGUGCUGUGACGAUGAUGAGGAGGAGGAGCAAGAGGACUUACAAGAGGACAAGAGUGGCUGUGCUACUCCGGAUAGUGAUACUGAGCCCAGCCUCCUGGGCAGCUCGGUUGCCCCCAAACGUUCUUCCUCUGAGCAUUCACUUCUCCAUAACUGUCUAGACCCUUCCUAUGUCUCCUCACCAGUGAAGGGGAUGAUGGGAGCUCACACGUUGCCCAGGAAAGGUCUCCUAAAUCCCAGCUGCCGCAAAAAACUGUUACGAAAUAGCAGCACACAAACUGUCUCAGACAAGAGCACUCAAACUGUACUGCCCUAUAUUCCAACCAAACAGAAAACAAAGGACCACUGAGAAAGCCUGAAGUUUCUCAUAAAUCUCAUGAAGAGAACUGUGCAUUAUUUAAUAUUAAAUACAUAGCUCAUAGAUUAAUACACAAAUAAAUUAAUUACUAAAUAAAUAAAUGAUAUAUGGGAAACCACUUGCCUACUUAAAGUCAUUCUGAGGCUCAGGGAAAAAAAAAAAGAAAUGAAGUACAGCACAACAUUACAUUAAGACGAAAGGUUAUGGUGGACCAAAAUGUUAGUGCCUGUUCCCAUGUAAGUAGACAGGAUGAAUGGACUUAGUACGUAUGUAUCAUGUGAAUCACUGCAGAUUACAAAAGCAAUCCUUUUUACCAGAAUAUUUUCAAAUGAACAUAAUUGGAAGGAUGAAAUUAUGCAGAAGCAUUUUUCCCUCAUUACACAAUAGUAGAAGUCACAAAGACAGAAAAGAAAAUGCUUGUUUUUAUCAUGCUGAUACAAAACGUUGCUCAUUCUGUACCCUAAAUCUGUAUAAACAUUGUCUUUUUUUCAUGUUCCAGUAAUUUCAAAUGUCAGGGGGAUUAUUGCUUCCAGCAGGGAAAUGUCUCCAGAUGCACAUGUCAAGCUGCUUCCUCCGCUCUUUGAUGUCAACAAAUGACUCUGAGCAUAGAGUCAGAAAACAACACUAUUUACCUUUGGUUUUAUAAAGCAUCUCAUUGUGA